GACACAGCGGUUGCACACGUCGCGAGAUCAACGCUGGAAAAUGCCGUCCGCCAGAAGAUACGACGAGAGCCAACGGAAGUUGAUAUCGCCGGCUACCUCUCGGGCUCGCUCGAGGGGGAAUUAGCCCUUCCCUCCUCUAGUCGCGUGACCUUUUGGUUUAAACGGUUAGGGAACCGUUGGAUGUGGAGCGAGGUUCGUAACGAACUCUCACUGGAGUGCCUGGCACGCGGCGGUCGGAGAGUGAUCAUACCUCUGGCCGCCAAGCGGCAAGUCAUUGGCUGUCUGAGGGCCGCAGUCUCAGAACACCACAUGUCCGUGCUUCUUAGGAAGCCAGACCAGGGGAAGGUCUUCGACGCGACCUCCCGCAUGGAGCGAGCAAUCGCUUCAUGCGGACAGCUUUACACUCUACACUCAGCCUUCAUAAACAAUAGACUCAACUCCCUCGAGUUAACGCCCCGCAAUCCGCCGGCAUCCUCAUUCUUAUUACUGCUCAAGUGCCGCCCUAUCACGGCGACAAUGACACUGGCACCUAGUGCCAUAGGAAAGCUGCGCAACAGUGUAAAAGGGUGGCGUAUUGCAGGGCCGAGAAAUCUCGUGCCGAGCCCUGCAAUUGUCAAAUUAUUUUUUUUAUGUACUUGCCCUAUGGGCAGCACGGAAUGCGCCUCAUUG